AUGAGAGCCCUGAGGAGACUCGAUGCCAAGGAGCACAGAGGAAAGACUGCCCUGCUGGUGGCUGUCACUGCCAGGCAGACGUUCAUCGUCCACGACCUCAUCCAGGCAGGAGCAGAUGUCACCGCCGUGGACAACAAAGGGCAGUCAGCUUUACACCUUGCUGCAACUUAUGGCUACAGCCAGGUCCUCCAGGUUAUCCUGGCACUGGGUUUCCCUCUGGAUCUGGAAACGAAGGAUUUUGAAGGCCAUACCCCUCUCCACUGUGCUGUCCUGGCUCACAACACCCUGCUGAGGGAGCAGGGCAGGCAGGCACUGAGCGAGGAGCAGCACAGGGAGCUGCAGCAGCAGAGCAGGGAGCUGGAAUCCUGCAUCCAUCUCCUGGUGCAGACCGGAGCCUCCAUCUACAGCCGGGAUGUGAAAAGCAACAAGACAGUUCUUCAUUACACAGUCCAGGACGGGAACGUCUCCCUGCUCAGGUACUUCCUGGAGCUGAACGCUUUCAAGCCCAAGGAUUUUGUCAACAACAAGGCCCAUGGCAACACAGCCCUGCACAUGGCAGCUGCUUUGCCUGGUAGCAAGAACCAGAAGGAAAUCAUCCAGCUGCUCCUGGAGCACGGGGCAGACCCCAGCAUCCGAAAUUUGGACAAUGACCAGCCAAUCCACAUGGCCCCUCCUGGAAAAGCUGGGGAUCAGGUCAGGCAUUUGCUGAAGAAAGGGAAAGUCACACCUGCAUUCAACUCCUGCCACAGAAAUGCCAGAUCCUGA